GUGCCAGGUGCGCAGGACGGACCCUGGAGCAGACUGGAUUUAGCAGACAACGGCGUGCACCCAGGAAACAGCGGGCGGUGGGCAUCGCGGAGCGGCGGAAGCAGACUCGUUUGGCGGAAGUCUAAUCAUGAGGUGCAAACGGCUCUGACAGUCUCGGCAUCUGCACAGAGCUAUGGGCGACGGCGAAUGGUUGUUGGUGAGCUACGGCGUGUGGCAUGUGUCUGUGGACUGCAAGGGACGUUUCUGAGGCGGACUGGACCGGACUGGCAACAAUUCACGCCGUCAUCCACCCCGACCACGACCGUCUUUGACAUCAACCUCAACAACAGCAAUGCCGCCACGCCGACUCAGUCUCACUUUCACGAAGCCUUUCCCACUUACGAUUAUGCCCACCACAAGCGAGACUCGGUAGCCUCGACUGCCACUGCUGCCUCGAUAGACAGCAAUCCACACUAUGUAGCCUAUCCGCAGCUGCAGCAGCAGCAGCACCAACAACCACCUUACCACACUUACGACUAUGCCGCCAGUCCGCUCUUUGUCCAAGGUCAAAGCCAGGCCCUUUGCCAGAGCCAGAGCCACAGCCAGCCCCAAACACAGUCUCAGGUCUUCCAGAUGCAAACACCCCCUCCCACCCGAGGCUCGUCUACCAAGCGGAGGCCGCAGCGACUAGACGGUGCCACUCCUCUAACAUCGACUGCUCUCCGCCAGCCCAACUUUGACAAUGCUACCUUCAGCUUCACUGCCUCUCAGCAAUCAAUGGACUCGUGGACCCAGCUCUCUGGACCCUCGUCUGCUCCGCUGUCAGCUCCUGCCUGGACUGCCAACCAAGACGACCCUUUCUCGCACUGGUCUACGCAAUCCUCUCAAUCUUCUCACCCUACCCACGCUUCUCAGUCGUUCCGCUCGCAAGCUUCUCCUCAGCCCUCGGCUCCCUCGCGUCCUACCAUCACUCGCUCAACCAGUUCCAACAAUGUCCCGUAUACUACUCCUACCGCUGCCAAGAAGCCUUCUNNGUGCCCUUCACCGUGGAUCCGAUGCAACCCCGAUCGUCGCCCGUGCAAACCAAAUUCCCCAGCAUUCCUCAAGCUCGCCCUGUGUCACCGGGGAAGCCAUGCCUGGCCCCUGCUUUCCCCCUCAACCUCGGGCCAGGGCUCGCCAGUAAAGGGCGCUGGUCUGCAUCGUAGCAACACGGUCGGAAACUUGCUGAAACCCAGCCCGGAGAUUGUGUCGCAAGCCUCGGGAGCUGCAUCUUCACUUAGUCGAAGCAAUUCUAUCUGCAACCUUCCACGUCGAUCCUCCCCGCUGAAGCGGAUAGCACGUGGCUCCUUAUCCUCAAUUGCUGAGACUUCACGACCACAGGUCCGCACAUCUGUUGUUCUUACAAUUGACGCCAAUGGGACUGCAAGGACGGAAACUAGAGUGAUCGAAGAGAACCCUUCUCAAUCGAAAAUCGAGUCGCAAACAAUCAAGGACAAAUAUCCUAAUCUUUGGGACGACUCAGACAGCGAUUCGGACUCGACGUGUGGUAACAAGUGGCCGAGCCGUCAUGACUCUCUUGCCCACGCCAACGCUGGUCAGGAGCGAUCGGCUAAAAUGGCCAGGCUUGACACGUCGUCGGAGAAUCUCGAGAUGGCACGGCUGCCACGUUCCAAUUCGACGGCGUCAUUGAAGACUCCAUGCAAAGCUGCUUAUGCAGCCGCCAUGCAACUUAGACGACAGGGCAGUGCUAAGAAGCAACAACGACCGUCAAGCGUGCAAAGUCGACGCAACACGCUGUCUUCUCUGAACAGCUUGAACAACUCUUUUGAGAAUCUGGCUACCAUGGACCUGAACAAAGAUGAGAUGCACCUCAAGACAGAUGCUGGUUCUGCACUUCGCCAGGCUGCUGCCCAACGCCUUUCUCCANNACCAAUUCGUCUCUUAUCCAAUCGCAAACGAGACUAA